AAAUGUAUACGUAAAGUCCAGAACAUUUUGAAACCUUAUUAGUUUGAUUCAUUGGAUUGAAUUGUCUAGUUUCGCGCGGUGGUUGUAUAGGAAGGUGCAGCAUGUGAGGUGUCGCGAUGCACGCCGCGCCAGCCGCGCGAUGAGGCCGCGCCGCCAGCGUCUCGCGCCAGCACUUGCCCUGGCGCGGUUGCUACCGCUAGUCUUCUCGCUCGUGCGAGCACAAAACGAGCGUGCUGCGGCCGCGGCUGAUCGUUUGGAGAACGUGACGCACACCGUGUCACGGAUCCUUGACGGCUACGACAUUCGUCUGAGACCAAACUUUGGAGGCGAUCCGUUGUACGUCGGGAUGGAUCUAACUAUCGCGAGCUUCGACGCGAUAUCGGAAGUAAAUAUGGACUACACAAUAACGCUGUACUUGAACCAGUACUGGAAAGAUGAGAGAUUAGGCUUUGGCCUACAGGACGAGGUGCUCACGUUAUCGGGGGACUUCGCAGACAAGAUUUGGGUGCCAGAUACGUUUUUUGCUAAUGACAAGAAUAGUUUUCUCCACGACGUGACAGAGCGCAACAAGCUGGUGCGGCUGGGCGGGGACGGCAGCAUCACCUACGGCAUGCGCUUCACCGCCACCCUGGCCUGCAUGAUGGACCUGCACUACUACCCGCUCGACUCGCAGAACUGCACCGUCGAGAUUGAAAAUGGGUACACGGUGUCGGACGUGGUGAUGUAUUGGAAGGAGACGCCGGUACGCGGCGUGGAGGACGCCGAGCUGCCUCAGUUUACGAUACUGGGGCAUGAAACUAAUGAUAGAAUCGAGAAGUUAGCAACGGGCGUGUACCAGCGGCUAUCGCUGAGUUUCAAACUGCGCAGAAACAUCGGCUACUUCGUGUUCCAAACUUACUUGCCGUGCAUCCUCAUUGUGAUGCUCUCGUGGGUGUCGUUCUGGAUUAAUCACGAGGCCACGUCGGCGAGAGUUGCGUUAGGUAUAACAACGGUACUGACGAUGACCACGAUAAGCACGGGCGUGCGCUCCAGCCUCCCGCGCAUCUCCUACGUGAAGGCCAUCGACAUAUACCUGGUCAUGUGCUUCGUGUUCGUGUUCGCCGCGCUGCUGGAGUACGCGGCCGUCAACUACACCUACUGGGGCGCCAGAGCGAGGAAAAGGGCCAAGUUAAAGAAAGGGGAGAUGUCAACGAGCACUAGUGUCGAGAAAGACUUGAAAUGUUCGGGUGGCUCCCGCUCUCCGGAAGAGAUCAUAGCGCUCCGGGAAUGCACGAGCUCCGCGGGGCGUGUGUCCCCGCUGUUCGGGCUGCGAUCCAAGCCGCUGGCGGCCGCGGCGGGUGCGCCGCCGUCGCUGCGCCUUCAGCGGGACCACACGCAUCUACGAUACCGCACCAGACCGCAUUCUAGGAAUUCAAAAAAUGGUUCGACCGGUAAGCCGAAGAUGAUCCACGCCUUGCGGCGCGGUGCGUCCGUCAUAAAAGCGUCCAUGCCCAAGAUCCGAGACGUCAACGUCAUCGACACGUACUCUCGCGUCAUCUUUCCCGUCUCUUUCCUAAUAUUUAAUGCCGUUUACUGGGUCUUCUACAUCUUUGAUUGAACUCAUAUUAUGAGAAAAAAAUAACUGAAACCGACAAAAUUGCAAGUCCAGGAAUUCUAAUGCGAAUAAGGAUGGAACACAACUCGUCUGGAAUCAAAUGCACAAUUGGAAUUAAAGUAACCUUUAUUUAAACUAUUUAAAGUAUGUUUUCCAGAUUCUUUAGUACGUUGUAAAACUAGCAUUUUUAUAAAUGUGCC